AUACACAUAAGCAACAUAAACUCAAGAAAAUGGUUGCAGAGGAGACAGUAAUACCUUUUGGGGGAGCUCUACGAUCUAGCCAACAGCCCUGCCUCUUUCUUGUUGCAGUCAGUUUCAUCAUCAGAUAGAAACAGUGUUACACUACUUGAAAAGGACACAAAGAUGAGAACUCCCAAAGAAAAAAAUGAAGCAAUUUCUAAGAAAAUACCAGAAUUUGAAGUGGAAAAUUCUCCAUUAUCAGAUGUUGCAACGAAUACAGAGAGUAGUACAUUUGGAGGGUCUCUGCCAGCUAAAAAAAGUGAUCCAUUUCAACAAGAGCAAGAUCAUUUGGUAGAAGAGAUUGCCAGAGCAGUUUUAUCUGAUUCACCACAACUCUCUGAAGGAAAUGAAAUAAAAUUAGAGGAACUAAUUGACUCUCUGGGUUCUAACCCCUUCCUAACAAGGAAUCAGAUUCCCCGAACUCCAGAAAACUUGAUAACUGAAAUUAGGAGCUCAUGGAGAAAAGCUAUUGAAAUGGAAGAAGACAGAACUGCAGAACCAACUCAAAUGGAUGCUGAACAUAGAGAAGUAUUGCCAGAAUCAUUACCUGUGUUGCACAGUCAAAGAGAAUUUAGCAUGGACGAUUUUCUCUUAGAAACCACUGUGUCAGAUUUUGGCCAGUCUCGUUUGACUGAAGAGAAAGUUGUUUCAGAUUGCAAGUGUGUGCAUCAGAAACCUGUACUGACCAGUCACAUAGAUGAACCACCAACACAAAGUCAGUCAGAUUUGUUAAAUAAGAAAGUAAUUUGCAAGCAAGAUUUGGAAUGUUUAGCCUUCACCAAGCUUUCAGAAACUAGCCACAUGGAGACAUUCUCCCCAGCUGUUGGCAAUAGGAUAGAUGUGAUGGGUGGCAGUGAAGAGGAGUUUAUGAAAAUAGUGGACCACUUAGAAGUUUCUUGUAACAAACCUUCCACAAAUAAAACUAUGUUGUGGAACUCUUUUCAGAUAUCAAGUGGAAUUAGUUCUAAGAGUUUUAAAGAUAAUGAUUUUGGCAUAUUACAUGAAACUCUUCCGGAAGAAGUUGGUCACCUAAGUUUUAAUAGUUCCAGUAGUUCAGAGGCCAAUUUUAAACUGGAGCCAAAUAGUCCUAUGCAUGGUGGCAUUCUUCUAGAAAACGUUGUGGGAGGGAGACAGAUUACUCCAGAAUCAGACUUCAAUAUACAGGCUCUUCGCAGUAGAUACGAGGCUCUGAAGAAAUCUCUUUCCAAGAAAAGGGAAGAAUCUUACCUCUCGAAUUCCCAAACACCCGAAAGACACAAACCAGAAUUGAGCCCUACUCCCCAAAAUGUACAAACAGAUGAUGUGCUUAACUUUUUGGACACCCGUGAUUUGCAUACUGACCAUACAAAGACAUCUUUACCCAUGUCCAUCGGUGAAAGAAAACAGUCUCUUUCACCACUAAUUAAGUUUUCUCCAGUGGAACAAAGAUUGAGGACCACAAUAUCAUGUAGUCUUGGAGAACUACCUAAUUUAAAAGAAGAAGACAUUUUGAAUAAGAGCCUUGAUGCAAAAGAACCACCAUCUGACUUGACAAGAUGAAGACAUACCUAUUUAAUAUAACUAUGAUGCACUUAAAUUGAAGCUAUGCCACAGGAUAGAAACUGAAUUAUAACUUAAAUACAUGUUGGAAGUGUAACACUGUUUUUCAAGGUUUUAAAAAAAUUCCAAAUGCCUUUUAGCCUUCUUUAAUAUUUUUAGGUAAGGAAAGUAUGUUUGGAUUUUUUCUCUUUGUAGGUAUAUGAGAUUGAAAUAUGAAGUAUUUGGAAAACAAACGUCAAGCAAUGGGAAGCCAUUUUGAUUUCUUGAGUAAUCUUGUAAGCAUUAAGUGAAUGACAAAGUAGUAGUGUAACUAAUUUCUUAUGUUAUAACUUCAGUCAGUUAAUAUAAGGAUGAGUAGUUUUUGUUGUAUGUUCACUAAGUGGUUAAUAGCCAUUGAAUAUACUAAUCUUUCAUCGUAGAGAACUAUACAACUUUUAUUGUUUCUUUAUGGAACAUUCUGGCUAACCAGAAAAAGUGAGAAAAGUAGUACCUUGGGAUGUGUAGUCAAGAUGACAAAUUUUAAGACUGGAAAAGCUCUAAACAAGCUUAAUGAUUAUUCAAGUAGAAUGAUCCUAAGAAGUGAUGUUUGGUGGAAUAAAGUGCAUGUGAUGAUUAAGUGAAGACUGGGGCAGAAUGAUUUAAAAAAAGGAAAAAGAUGGAAGAAGAUGAGUAGACACUUGUAAGGAACACUGUCAAACUAUAAACCCAUUCAGUGGGUUGUGUAACAUUUAUAUUUAGUCUAAUUUAGACUUUGAUAAUUUAACUUAAUUCUACUUUUAUAUUUUAACAAAAAUAUAAAUUAAAAUUUUCAUUAGUCUGUUUUAUUGUUGUUGGGUUAUUUUGUACUCCCUGUUGAGAGAAGGGAACAAGGAACAACCAUCAAAAUUCCUCAGUCCCUACAGAAUAGCCCCACAAUAACUUGAGAAAACUGAACCUGGAGUUAAAUAACUUGUCACACUUGUAGUCUCCUGCCUCACUCCUUCAAGUGCCCUGCCUAGAAAAAGACUUGGGUCUAGCAUCCAAGUGAACACAUACUAUUGCCCUCUGUGAACCAGGAGGAAUGGAACAGGCACUGGAAGGGUGAUAGUACCUACAAUACCCUUUGUAGUCCCCAUCUCACAACCAUCAAAAUCUUAUCCACUAGCCCCCAAAAAACUGGCAAGGAAAGAAGGUGGAGGGGAAAUUUAUGGAAGUAGAUGGCUUAAUAGUUCAUCUCUCUUCAUUUAUCUUGGACUGCCUUUCUCUAAGUUGUUUGUCUUGUCCCAGUGUGAAGACUCAUCUUUUUGUGAGAAAAGACAAAAUGAAGCACAUGUAACUACCUUCUUUGCAAUAGAAAAGCAGAAGAAAAAAAGCUUCUAAGUUGCUGUUUUCUUUUAUUAGUUAAUAAAACAAAUCAGGGACUAUGCAGGUCUAUGGGGAAACCUUUAGUCUGCUUUAAGAAAACUCAGUAUCUGAAAAUCUUAGCAUGUAACGCUAUCAUAUCAGCAUCUGCAGAAGUGCCAAGGCCAUUGCUAGACACUUAAUGUGUAUUAUUUCAUUUAAUUAUAUUUUAAAUGUGCUUCCCUAGUAAUUCUUAAGCUCAAGAAAGAGUUUGAGAACUGCUGCUAGGAAAUAGAGAUUCACAUUUAACCCUGUUGUACUUUUAAGAAGCAGGUAUGUUGUUUCAUAUAUACUUCGGUAGAGAUUGUUAACUAUCGAUAGGGAAGCUCAAGUUCGCCACUCAAGUCUGAGAAACCCUUAAUUACUGAGAAUCAAAUGAGCAGAAUGUCUGUAGACAUUUUGGAUUUGUAAAAAUCACGUUGUUGAGUUAUACCUGUGAUAGGCGGAAAGUUUUUGGCAUUCUUUCCUGUUCUUCAUAUUCCAGUACCAUAAACAAAAAAUAUCUCAGAUCUGUCACUUUCUUCUCCUAAACCAAAGUGAUUGCGGCUUUUUGCCUGCAGCCUUUUCCCUAUCCAAUAUCUCCUGCAUAGUUACCUUUUGAUCUUAAGAACUGUGUUGAUUGGGUCACUUCCUUGCCUGAAAUUCCACUAAUGGUUCAUUGUUAAUUCUAAAACAGAGUUCAAAUUUAAAGGCAUGUAAGUUCCCCUAUAGCAGAUUUCUUCUAUUCCCCCUUCUGCUGUAAUCUCCCUUUUUUUUUUUACUGAAAUGCUUCAGUGAGCAUGGGUCUUUAGGGGUCUUGGUUUACAAUUUUUCUGAAGCAGGAAUACCUUGCCUUCCUCUACUAGGUUUACCACAAUUACAGCUCUCUUUUAAGCCUCAGAAAAAAUGUCACUUCCACCUUGAAGUCUUAAUCCACGCUUUUUAUAUCCAUGUGCCUAUUCCUUCUCUGAAAUCUCCUAUGGUUUAUCUUAACUUUUUAUUCAUUUUAUGUCCCACUAAUUGAUUUUAUUAUAUAUUUUUUAUGGUUGCAUGUGGUCUCUCUAGUUAUAGCAAUACAUACAUACAUACAUAAAUACAUACACACCUAUGUAAAUGUGUGUCGGGAGUAUGUAUUCACACACAGAUACCCCAAGGCCAUGUGUCAUCUUUAUCAAUUGUUUAAGUUUUGGAAUUGUUUAGUUUGCCUCCUAUAUCAUGGAAUAAAUGGUAAAGAGGGCUAAUUCAUUACUGUAAGUGGAUUUCUCAUUACAUUCAUAUCAGACAUUAUAUAGAAUGUACUGUUUUGUUCACUGUUUGUAAGAUACAAAGGUGUAUAAACUGACCUCUACAUCAGCUUGAAACCUGAGAUAAUGUUAAAAUGUUCUAGUUAUUUUAAAUGUUUAAAGAGAACCACCAUAUAAUGUUGCUAAACAUGAAAAAUGUCAUCAAGUGGAAUAAAGAAUAGUUGAAGUUAACAAUUGGGGGAAAUUGAACUGAAAACAAAAAUACGAGUAUUUUGAAACCUUUUCUUUACCAUGAGUCUCUUGACUAUGAAGUCAAAUUUAUCUAAAGGAAAAACAGGAAUUCUGGAGACCUGUGUAAAAGCAGACUAUUAUCUUCCUACUGUGAGUGUACUAAAAUUAAAAUAUGUUUAAUGACGUUUUCCUCAAUGUAGAAGUAUUGAAGUAAAUGUUUCUUUUAUGUUGCAGAUACAUAGUUGCUCUAGAGAUCACCUUUUUCUUUAGGCACUGUGAAUAGCAAGUCCGCAUCCUAAGCUGAAAAUAUUUGAGAAUCCUCUAUGGGAGUCUUUGUAAAUAUUUUAAAUACUGUUGUUUUCAAUAAAUAUUUUAUACUA